UCUGGAACGUUCCAUUUGUGUGGCUAGCUCCGUCAAAUGCGAUGAUAUUACGCGUCUAUAUUAAUAACCAUAAAACCACUGGCUCGAAUAUACAAUCUAAUGCAUACAUGUCUGUGUAUAGAGCAGUAAAUUUGAACCAAAUGGCAAUAGUAUCCCCUUUCUAAUACUUAUGGUUGCGUCCGUGGGCUGGCGGCGGAGCCAGCCAAAUAUUUGACAAACUAACAAUCGGCGUCUAGUUAGCUUAGUGAAAAAAAUCAUUACUUAGUUAGAGUAAAAACACACUUCCCGCUACUUUAGCUCGAUAGCCCGUGUCCCUGAUACGUACAUUUAAGUGUGAGCAAGAUGUCAACUCCGGCGAGACGACGUUUAAUGAGAGAUUUUAAACGGUAAGCGAGACGAAAACAAGGCUGCAAGAAGAUCCUCCAGCUGGAGUCAGUGGGGCCCCGUCAGAAAACAAUAUUAUGGUAUGGAAUGCUGUCAUUUUUGGGCCAGAGGGAACGCCUUUUGAAGAUGGAACAUUCAAACUUACCAUUGAGUUCACAGAAGAAUAUCCAAAUAAGCCUCCAACAGUGAGAUUCGUCUCUAAAAUGUUUCAUCCCAAUGUAUACGCAGAUGGCAGUAUAUGCUUAGAUAUACUUCAGAAUCGUUGGAGUCCCACUUAUGAUGUCUCUUCCAUAUUAACUUCAAUACAGUCUUUACUGGACGAGCCCAACCCAAACAGUCCGGCCAACAGCCAGGCAGCUCAGUUGUACCAGGAGAACAAGCGGGAGUACGAGAAGAGAGUUUCUGCUAUCGUUGAACAGAGUUGGCGUGACUGUUGACCCGCGCCGUCAUCAUCGUGGUCUCCGCCUUGAACAGUGUGUCCGGCCCGUAGUCGUCAACUCAUUUCACAGUAUACAUUGUUCUGCCACAAAAAAAAAACUGUCGGUUGCCAAGUUUGUACACUGUCAUGUUUGUGGCGUUCACUUCUGCCGAAUGCCAUCAUCGGGCUAAAAAUGUUUAAAAAAAAAAAAAGAAAUACCUUGUUAUAUCUGGGUUACUUGCCUCUCUCCUGUUCAAAGUGGCUGCUAAUGACACAUGCUUGCUAUGAAAACUGUUCUUAUUUCCACACAAAAAAUGUAUUUAUGGAUGUUUCUUCAGCGUGCUGUUUGCCUUUCAAGGGGGAUUAACAUUUUUCAUCAGAGCAUUAGAAUUAACCUAACAAGGACUUAUUCAUCCCUCUUAGAGCUGCCUUCUGGAUUUCAAAUGGUGUUUAUGUUUGAGUACUACACACCAGGCACGAAUGCCCCAUUUGGGCUCUUGGUUUCAAUAACAAAAAGCUGAAUGAGGAUAUUUCUAAGCUACUUCACAAUCAUGCAAAAUCUGGACUGUGGUCAGAGUGAAGUGAUCAUACAGGACGAUUUUGUCUUAAGGUUUGCACUGGUAACCCAUGUAACAAACUGUACAUUUUCUUGUAAAUAAAUGGAUAUACAUUA